UCCGCUUUGGGUGGCCUUCCGCUCGGGCGGCCGGCGGGAGGGGCUCGGGGGACACCUGGCGGGCUCCCCGGUCCCUCGGCCCUUGGAAGUGCCAUGAGAUCGGUCAGCUACGUGCAGCGCGUGGCCCUGGAGUUCAGCGGGAGCCUCUUCCCGCACGGAAUCUGUCUUGGAGACGUGGAUAACGAUACGUUGAACGAGCUGGUGGUGGGCGACACCAAUGGAAAGCUGUCCGUGUAUAAGAAUGAUGACAGUCGGCCCUGGUUCACCUGUUCCUGCCAGGGAAUGUUGACUUGCGUCGGGGUUGGAGAUGUCUGCAAUAAAGGAAAGAACCUGGUGGUGGCAGUGAGCGCUGAAGGCUGGUUUCACUUGUGUGACCUCACACCCACCAAAGCCCCGGAUGCCUCUGGGCACCAUGAACCACCCGUGGGAGAGGAGCAGCGGCUGAUCUUCAAGCAGCACGUGCCCGCCAACACCAAGGCCAUGCUGAUCAGCGACAUCGAUGGAGACGGGCGCUGCGAGCUGCUGGUGGGUUACACAGACCGUGUGGUGCGUGCUUUCCGCUGGGAAGACCUGGGAGAGAGCACAGAGCACCCCACAGGCCAGCUGGUCUCUCUCAAGAAGUGGAUGCUGGAGGGCCAGGUGGACAGUCUGUCAGUGACUCCAGGGCCCCUGGGUGUUCCUGAACUGAUGGUAUCUCAGCCAGGCUGUGCAUACGCAAUCUUACUGUGUACCUGGAACAAGGACCCUGGGCACCCCCCUACCUCUGAGGAUACCCCAGAGGGCAGUAGGGAGGGCCCAGCUGCCCGAGACGUCGUGCUGCACCAGACCUCCGGCCGCAUCCACAACAAGAAUGUCUCCACUCACCUCGUGGGCAACAUCAAACGAGGCGAAGGCCAGAGCGCCGACCGGGGUGGCUCCGGCCUCUUUGCCCUCUGCACCCUGGAUGCUGCCCCACCUGCGUCUGCACCUGCAGGGACACUCAAGCUGAUGGAGGACGCAGACAAGCUGCUGUGGUCGGUGCAGGUGGAUCACCAACUUUUCGCCCUAGAGAAACUGGAUGUCACGGGUAACGGGCAUGAGGAGGUAGUGGCCUGUGCUUGGGACGGACAGACGUACAUCAUCGACCACAACCGCACGGUCGUCCGCUUCCAAGUGGAUGAGAAUAUUCGCGCCUUCUGUGCAGGCCUGUAUGCCUGCAAAGAGGGCCGCAACAGCCCCUGCCUCGUGUAUGUCACGUUCAACCAGAAGAUCUAUGUGUACUGGGAGGUGCAGCUGGAGCGGAUGGAGUCCACCAACCUGCUCAAACUCCUGGAGGCGGAGCCAGAGUACCAGAGCCUGCUGGAGGAGCUGGGCGUGGCCCCUUUCUUGCCCUCAGAUCCUGACGACCUCCCGGCUGCACGCACCCUGCUUCACCGAACCCUCUACCAUCCGGACCAGCUAGAACAGUGUGCUCCCACAAGCCCCCAGGAUCCCACCUAGCUGGGAUUAGCUGAAGCAAAUUCCUCCGAAACCCCCCCACCCCCGAGGUAUCAUGUUAUUGGCCAGAUAGGGACUCUGCGUGACAGAGGAGCGUGGCAGGAUGGCAGUGACCCUGGGGUCGCCUCCAGAACUGUCAGCUGUAACCUCGUGGCUUUUUGGUAGAGACAAGACAGCUUGGCCCUCUACCCAUUUCCGUGUGUACCUCACCCACCACAUCAGGUGGAAGGGCCCCGACCUUGUUCCACAUCGUCUGGUACUUUCCGACACCCAGAACUCCCACUCUCACUCCCCGGAAAGCAGACUUGUUUGUGAGGAGAGGAUACAGAUCUUGAGGGGGGCCCUGACACCCCCAGGAGACAAGGCUUUGGUGCUGCCGGCACUGUGAGGUAAGGGCCCCACCCCACCCCAAGGUCCAUCUGCUGUGGCACAGAAGUCAGCCACAUCAGUAGCUGUGACUGGAAUGACCAACGAUUAGCUUUGGUUCGGAGGGAGUUUUCAGAGCAGUUUACUGCCUGGUCUUCCUGUGUUCCCAGCAACCCCAAGAUGAUUUGCAAAGCACAAGCUCAGCACGUUCUCAUUUGCCAUGUUCUGCCGCUUCGUGGGCCUUGCUCCCACUCCUCCUCCCGCCCCCUCCCCUAAAAUCACCUCAUUGUAAGGCAGGAAACGUUUAAAAUCUGAUGCAGGUUUAUGAGCCAGACCACAACAUCAGAUCAGAUCUGAGACCACUUUUAUACCUUCUGCUCUUGACUGUGUGCCCUGAAUCAGUGUCUUUCAAAUUAUAGGUUGCAGUCCUUUGGUGGAUGGUGAUCAACAUCUUUUUCAAUAAAUGGUAUAGAAAAGAAUAAAGUAGACUGGAAGACGCCA